UCCCGAGCAGGGUCUCCCUCGACCUCGCUCACGUCUACCCUCACUCCUUGCCAGUCCCUCAUCCAGCGUUCUAAUCCCUUCAUUUGUGACGUGUCCAGAAGUCAAAGGAACCCGAAUCAAGAUACGGCCAUGCCAAGCGCAGUCUCGGCAGGAGGCAACAGCGCUGCGAGAGCGACGGCUCUGGAAGGGUUGAAGCUGAGCAGCGCGGUAGCUACGACGUUUCAAGACACGCAAUUCACUCUCUCCACUCACAGAAAGAAUACUGUAUCGCUGUUCAAAUUGCACCAAGCAGCAGCCAAAUUCACAGAGGCCACGCCGCGCGGCACCAAGCUUGUGGGCGAAAAAGCCUUCAAUGAAGCAUUCUUGGCUUGCUUGAAUCGAUGUCUCGACAUCAAGAAGGGCGUCGUCAAUGCGGACAGGAGCAUCAAAUUCGUCGCGGCUUAUUCCGCCUACGCCCAGCAACAGUUCAGAGCUGCGGCGAGGGCAACGGCAGGACUGGACGCGCAAGCUCCUCCACCUGACGAUGAAGAGGAAGAGGACACAGCAGGUACACGCUUUGUCACCAUCCUCCUCAAGCACCUCCUUAGAGGUUUCGGCGCGAAAUCAAAGUCUGUCCGGCUGCGCUGCUGCCAAAGCGUGGCGCUGCUGAUCAAUGGCCUCGAGUCCAUCGACGAUGAUCUUUACGACACCCUCAAGGGCGCUUUGCUGCUCAGAGCUCGGGACAGGGAGUCUUUUGUUAGAGUCCAAGCCGUGGUCGCCCUUGCGAAGCUGCAAGGGGGAGAGGAUGAUGCAGAAGCCGCUCAAGCAGACCAACCUGAGGGCUCGGACGAGGAGAGCAGAGGGGACAUCACCGGCGUGCUGCUCAAGGUGCUCCGACAUGAUCCAUCAGCCGAAGCUCGCCGUGCUGCACUCUUCAACCUCACGCCUACCGCCCGCACUCUGCCAUACAUCCUCGAGCGUCUCCGCGAUGUGGACGCCAUCAACAGAAGAUGCGUCUACUCUGGCAGCCUCAGUCACAACAUGCUGAAUCAACCAGGAGCCAUGGCGCCGAAUGUUCCCGAGUGGGCAGAGGUUAUCAAGGUCGGCCUCGGUGAGCGCGAAGAGAGCGUCAAGAGGGCAGCGAGAAGGCUCAUCACCUCUUGGGCUGAUCGAGAUGCCGACUUAGAGCCGUUCAUUGCGCGCUUCGACAUCAUCGCCGCGCCAGAUGUCGCUGCCUCUGCGCUCCAAGCCUUGUUCGAAGCGCGGCCAGCUCUGCUCGACACCGUCACUUUCGGCGAUGCGUUUUGGCAGAACCUGACCCCUGGCACCGCUUUCGUAGGUCGGUACUACGUGGAGCAUUGUCGCACACUGGGACAAGCAGGGGAAGCUCGUCUCGAAGAGACGAUGCCCGUGACGACUGCUCUCGCCUUCCGCACUCAAGCCGCGUGGGGCUCUCUGCUUGAGCUGCUUGAAUCGGAAUCGGAAGCUGCCGAGGAUCGGGGAGAUAUCCUCUUGGAGAAAGACAUGUCUGUCCGAGCUCGUGGGAUCCAAAGCAUCGUUAAUUCGAUGUUGCACAUUGCCAUGUCGGCAGACUACGGCGACGAGAUUGGCAGGAGGAAGAUGUUUGGUCUAGUCAGAAACAUGAUCAGCACCAGCCUGUUCCCCACCAGCCUGAUAGAGUCUGCUCUUGAUGUGCUCUUCAAGCUGAGCGCCGGACAAAAGGACUUCAUGCAGAUUGUUGUGGAGCUCGUGCAAGAGAUGGGAGAGUGGGAAAAGGAAGGAGAGCGCAACAAGACCGACGAAGACACCGAAGAGAGCGAAGUGGAGAGCGAGCUCACUCCUGUGCGCCGCGCUGGCGCUUCCCGCAAGACGCGGUCAAAGUCGCCAGACGAGGCGGAGAAGGCAAAGCAAGCAACGGUAGACAUGCGUCGUCUCGUCAUCGUGCGUGGAAUGCUCGAGCGCAUCUCCUCAGGUGGCAUCCAAGAGAUGAUGGGUCUGGUCAGUCAGCUGGUGACCCCAGCAAUGCGCUCGCACGACGAGCUCGUGCGAGAGAAUGGCUUCCUCUGCAUGGGCUUGUGCUCGGUGCUGGAUGCAGACGUAGCAGCCACGACUUGCCCGAUGUUUUUAAAUCACGUUCAAAAGUCAGCCGGUGUCAUUAAGCUGAGGUCCAUGCAGAUCAUCUUUGACAUGUUGCUGGUUCAUGGUAUUGAACGUCUCAGUCGAGCGCAGGUCGAAGCGCUUGGGGGAGGCAGCGCCGCUCAAGCCAAAGCACACGAGCAUCUCGUCACGUUCCUGCUAGGACUGCUGGAAGACGAAGAUGCAGACGACGAGGAAGCACUCAGGAUCCAAGCCGCCGCCACUCAGGGUGUGGCUAAGCUCAUGCUUGCAGGGGUCAUCGAAGAUGACGUUGCGCUCAAGAGUCUCAUACUCAUCUACAUGACCCCAGAAACGGCUGCCAAUCAAGAGCUGAGGCAGUGCUUGGGCUACUUCUUGCCGGCAUACUGCUUCUCUUCUUCGAGACACCAGCACAAGCUGCGAAGGGUCCUCGUCGACACUUUCCAUAUCCUCGCCGAGCUUUACUACGAGCAAGAAGAAUCCUCUGACAUGGUCUCGCCACUGCAGGUGGGCCUACAACUUAUCGACUGGUCUGACCCGCUGAAGAACAUCGGUGAAAGCCCAGAUCUCACUGUUCAUGUCGAUGUUGCUUCUGAUCUUCUCAAGCACCUGUUACUCAUUGAUGACAAGGAUGAGAGAAAAGUCGUCUGCCAAUUGCUGUCCAAGCUAAACCUGCCAGAGUCAGACCAGCUGCAACCGGAUCGAGCAGAAGCUCUGUUCGCGCUGGCUCGAGUCGUCAGAAGUACCAACCCGCUGGACGACACUGUAUCACGCAACGCGUAUUACAAGUUCGAAAGCAGCCUUUCCAAGCGGUAUGGAGACGCCGCUGCAGCGGCCGCAGCGCUCGACAUGGACCAGUUGAUUGCGCAAAGUGCAUCAUCUCCCGCCGAUGACUCGACCGAUCCUGAUCAAACCACUACGGAGAGCGAGCCCAAAAGCUCUGCGCGGCCAGCUAUCGCUCCCGCUCUGCUGGAGCUCUGCCACUGGUUUGGACAAGCAGGGCUGGUGGAGCUCAGAGGCUUGCACCCUGGACCUGUCGGUGAAGACGCAGUGCCCGAAGCCCCCGCUGCCGCUUCCAAAGGGCGGAAAAAGGCGUCUACGGGCGGCUCGACGCUCAAGGAGAAGUCGAACAGCCCUGCGGUCUCUGCCAAGCCCAAAGCUCGCGCCAAGAGUGCGGCUUCUAGCAAGAGGACCGCCAAGACGAAGCCGCGCACCAAGACUGCAGAGUCUGAAUCCGAUUCUGAUGACGAGGAGAACGUGGCGGGCGAUGACGAUGAGGAGGAAGAUCAGGCCGACGAUUACGGUGACGAAGAGUACUGAUUGCGAGAAUUCCCUGCUCCUUAUGACAUUCCCAUCUGCGCUCCAUUGUUAUUGAUAUCCCGCCCGCUUCUUGCCUCUGGCCUCGUGUACAAUCUUGCCUAUGAAUCUAUGACGGGUGCUCGCUAGCCUUUCUA